AUGUAUAUUUUGCUGGAUUCCUCGCAAAGUAGCGAUUUAAAAAUGCCAAUAGUGGAGAUUGAGUUGCUUGGUUCAGGAUUGCACAGAAAAAUUGUGUACACAGUUCACUUCAACGAUUCAAUGGUGGGCAGCAAAUGUGAAUACGUUUUAAAACAACGUCUACCGGCUACUAUGUAUGUCAGUACUGAUGAAUUAAAAGACUUGAGAAGACUGAAAAAGUGCAAUUUUACCUAUACAUUAUCGUUACCAUGCCCCUCAUCGUGUCAAGUACAAAGACUUAAUAGCAAAAUAGAGUCUCAAGUUUUAACAAUAAUUUUUCGUAGCCGCUUUGCAUCUGUGCAGCUACCAAAGCCAAUAAUGUACAUCAAUUGUCGACGAAAUGAGGAAGUCUUAUUAGAAAAGUAUACGAAACUUGAUUCCAUCACCAAAUAUUGUUUAAACUUUGAUCAAUUGACUAUAAAUCCGCAAACAAACGAAACUAUUAAUGACGACAGCUGCAAUUGGAUGCUAUUACAGCAAGUUUAUCAUUCCAAAUCUUCCCUGACGGCUAAUAUACCGGUAGGCAACAAAAACGCGUACACAUCGGUCUUGUACGGCACCAUUGCCAUUAGUUGGUUUGCUACGUUAUGGAGUGUGUUCUACAUUUUCCGCAAAAUUGAAAGCGUCAAGUACAAGUUAUAAAAACAAUAUGAAAAUAAC